UUACCUUGACAUUUCUACGAUGAGUCCAGUUCAGCUGAAGAUGCGUCUGAUUUUCUUCUCUGUGCUGCUGGUGUUGGGCUUUCCUUUCACCAUGACUGAAGUCGUAGAUUCAUUCAGUAAAUGCAGCGGCUUUUUUUUUGAAGAAAAGCCUCCAGUAAUUAAGGACAUUCUGGUGGAAUCAGUUUCCAAAGAUAAAAACCGAUACAAACUAAUCUGUCACAAAUAUGCAACUCUCUACGACGCAACAAAUAAGAUUCCUGUUUUUUCAGCUUACAAAUAUACUGGGAAAGGAGCUUUCAGUAAACUAAACAGAAAAUGGAAGACCGAUAAGGAGGUGAUGUUUCUUACAGCUUGUAAAGAAGACUACUUAAACCAAAAUCAAUGGUCUCGUGGUCACAUACUUCCAAUGUCCUAUGCAGCUGAUGUAGACACUGCCAAAUCUACAUGCAAACUGACCAAUAUUGUGCCGCAGAAGGAAAGCUUUAAUUCCGGAAGCUGGAGUCGCAUGGAGCAAACCGUUAAAACAGUAAUGGAUUCUAACUGCAGGGAUGUAAAAGAGAGUAAUAAGAUCUUGGCCUAUGUGCUGACAGGAGCUGUACCAAGCGAAACUGGAAAAAUGAAUAAUAAAGUAAACAUUCCCUCACACAUGUGGACCGCGUUCUGCUGCUAUAACAGUAAGACCAACAAAUGGGAGUCCCAAGCUCACUGGGCUGAAAACAUAGAUGAGAGCAAUAAUAAAGGCAAAACUAUCAGUAAGCAGAGUCUAACUGAUGUACAGGAUUUUCUAAAGAGCAAGUACAAAGAAACCACACCGUUUAACGGUAAAUGUUUGGAUCUGUUAAAUGCAGAUGUAAGUCAGCCUCUAGAAGCAGAUAGUGAUGAUGACCAGCAAAAUGAUGAGGAGCGAUCAGUUUUGGCAUUCUUAAAGGCAAUGGAAGCAAAAGAUUGGGCAGCGUUUCGUUCUUUUUUAGGUAUAGGAGACUGA